GAGACUCAUCAGACUCAUCAGAAACCUGAAAGACAGAACACCUAUUAGAGCGGACAUCCAAGUUCAAGUGCAAACCACAUUGGGCCAACUGUUGGGGACGUUAUACUUUUCAGGAGGUCUGCAGUGGACAUACAGCACCAACGACCAACGACGAUACAUCCAACAUCCACAACGUUGAGUCUGACAAAAGACAGGGCUAAAAACCACGCAGUAUUGGAUUCAGACAAGAGCGCCAAUAUGGACACUCUUCAGGGGAGAAAACCAAAGAAACCGCAUUAUAUUCCUCGCCCUCCUGGCAAGCCUUUCAAAUAUCAGUGCUUUCAAUGUCCCUUCACCUGCAACAUCAAGUCUCAUCUCUUCAACCACAUGAAAUACAACCUGUGCAAGAACUCCAUUUCUCUUGUGUCUCAGCGCAUGGAGCAGACAGGGAAAACACUCAGAGUCUCUCAUCGUAACUUUCCUUUUGAUCACAACAGUAAAGCACCACUCCUGGAUGUUGAAGCCAGCAAACUGAUAGAUAAGGCCAACGACAAGGUUCAACAAGUGGAGAUGGGUAAAGAAAUUAAAGAAAAGCCUGAAAGUCCAAUCAAGAUGGUUACUAAAGUUGUUCUUGGGCCUGUUUGUGAGACCAGGGACAAAAGUGCAGACAUGGACAAUGCACAGAACAAAAUAUCUUUGGCCUUCAAGCCAGUUCUAAAAAUGUGUGAAAGCAAAGCUCCCUCACUGCCUCCACACAAAGAUGACCAAUCAUCUUCAUCUAUUCCUCAGUUCUACCAACAAAUGAUGCCAUGGGUCUCACCCGCUUCCACAACACCCCUUCCUCCUCUAAUCCCAAACUACUCGCCAUUCAUGGUAACUGAGAGGUCUUUGAAUUCCCUGUACACACCUUACCCACAGAACCAUGCAAACAUCCAAACCUACCAACUCACACCUCCAGAGACCCAGAGACCCCUGGUGCCAUCAACUCUGGUCCCACCCAGUACAUCUCUUCUCCACCCUUAUAGAUAUGGCCAUUCUAUUAUACCUGGUCCACUACCCUAUGGUCUCUAUCAACACCCUGAACUACACAUGCCUUUACAGAAGUCCAGAUAUUUUCCGCUGGAUGUGUACAACCACAGAUUUUAUCCCAGAGAGUAUGCAGGGCACCUGGUCCCCCUAUCACAUCAUGACCCAUACAACAGGAUUCUUGAGGACAGGGAUGUCCAGGAGCACAGCAGGGCUCUGGGUAUCCACCAGAGUCCAUUAGCAGGGUGUGCCGCCUCUGGGUCUCCAGACAGGCCCAGUGCAGCAGAUUUCACCCAGCAUGUUCCUGUUACACUCAGACACACUUCCCAUGGGGAGUCACCUCCAGACUGCGAAUCACAGCAUGUCAUGCAAGGGCCAACCACAGCCACUGACAGUUUAUCAAAGAAAUCAUGUGGACAACAUCAAGAGAACACGCUACAAAAGAGAGAAUGUGAUAAACUGCAUAUCACAGUUUCCACAAGAAACAGUGACAUUUCAUCAGAGCAGGAAGAUGUAAAGACUGAGGAAGAGACAGGCCCUCUUAACCUUUCAAAGAGGGACCAGACUGCAUCUAGCUACAUGAUGCACUACUACCCUGAACGAGAGCUCCAUUCUGAUUCAGAAAGUAGUCAAGAGGAUGCGCCGCUCAACCUUUGCCUCAGGGCAGAGUCCAAUGACCAAGCCCUGCCAAAUACCACAGGUUCUGAAACUCCAGAGAAAGAAACCAUCCUAAACGCUGAGGCAUGCACAAUUACUUCAGACGAAGAACAAGAUUCAGACCAAUGUGACCAGAGGCACUCAGCCGCCUUUGCUCUGUGUCAGCUUGCCAGCUCAAGGGACAUUAUCAAUGACUCCCUUAUUGGCCAAGAAAAAAUUACUACGGGCCAAAACAGCCAACACCUACCUUCCCUAGACAAGCAUAUAGCUAAGGACGCUAUAGACACACCCAAGCAGAGUACUCGGGCACUGGGACAAAAACGAGCAAACAACAGGCCUCUGAGGCACACUACCAAGAAAGCAAAGGUAAAAGUACCAGCUCGGACCCAAAGAAAAAGGUCGCAAAACUGCUAAUGCAGCUAUUUCAAAGAGUGGACAGGAAGGAGCUCCGAUCAUAUGAUCAAUAGUUGCAAACUUUAGAGGAAGAUGACCAGCAGAUACACUAAAAACAUUUAUUAUUACUGCAUUUAUGUCUGUGAAAUGUAUAAUUGUGAAGAUGUUUAAUAGUUAAUUUUGAGCAUAUUCUUGCUGUUCAACAUUAUGCACUGAUUGGAAAAAGAGGGUGGCACAGAUUCUACACUUCUGUAAAGUUUUCUCUUCGACAGACAAACUUUGAAAAACUUGAUACACUUAACUGUUUAUUAAAGGCAGCUGGGUGAUGGUAUUUUUGUCAAACUUGUAGUAUUUUAAUAAAAUAUUUGAAGCAUGCUUGAUGCAG